UAGAACAAGGUUGGCAGCUCGGCACUAUGAAGUUUCACUUUUGUAUUUGUUUUGGCCACAUACGAAACUAGUCAUUUACCAAAAAUGCUGGCCCUGCGCUGUAACUGGAAUCUCUCCACGCUCCGGAACACUUUCGCCCUUCGCAACUGCUCCACUACAGCGGUGGACCAGCAGCAGCAGCGCCAGGUGCCUGUGGAAUCCGUGCACGAUCCUCUCCAGGCUCACGCCCUCAAGGAGCAAUGCAUCCUAGUAGAUAAGGACGAUAAAGCCAUCGGCUCGGCCUCCAAGGCCGACUGCCAUCGAGUAGACCCAAAAACUAAGGAUGUUAGAUUACAUCGGGCCUUCAGCGUCUUUCUGUUUAAUUCUAAAGGCGAGAUGCUGGUGCAAAAGCGGUCUUCGCACAAGAUAACUUUCCCGAAUACCUACACCAAUGCCUGCUGCAGUCAUCCGCUCCAUGAGAUUGAGCAAGAACGCGAUGAAAACAAUGCCAUGGGAAUCCGCCUGGCAGCACAGCGUCGUCUCAACUAUGAACUGGGCAUACCCACUGAGGAGCUUCGUCCCGAGGACUUCCGUUACCUCACCCGCAUUCACUACGCCGACACGGGGGACGGCGUGUGGGGCGAACACGAGAUCGACUACAUACUCUUUUUGCAGAAGGACGUGACUCUGAAUCCCAACAGCAACGAGGUGAGCGAGGUGCGUUUCCUGCGCCGCGAUAAGAUUGACGAGGCGGUGGCAAAGUUCAGCGCCCCCCUGACUCCGUGGUUUUCCCUCAUACUGCAUCACCGCCUCAAGCUGUGGUGGGACAAUUUGAAUAGGCUGGAGCAGUUUGAGGACUUGAAAAACAUUCAACGCUUUUAAAUGUGCUAACGAACCAAAAAACAAAAACCGAAACUGAAAAUGAAAGAAAUACAUUUAUGACGACCCGUUAAAGUUAAACACAUCUGGUUUUUAAAUUCGCUUUAUUCAAAUGGAAAAUAGUAAGUGUCUGUGUGCGACAAUGGGCACAAAGUGGAUUUCAUGGAUUCAUGCAACCUCCGUUAGGCGAUCAGUUCAGUACAAAGCUUUUGUAUAAGUAAAUAUAACAAAAUGCGUUUAUACGCGCACGAUACUCAAUAU